AUGUCUUUCGUCGUAGAUCAGGUGCGACGAGUGGACUCGCAGAUCGAUCGUCUACAGCUUAACGCACCACCGCCAGUUGGACCCAUCAACAUCACUGGCGACGACCAACACUUCCNNCCUUCAGACCGAGCAGAACACCUGCAAUCGCUAGUCAAGUCGCUAUCCAUAACACCUUCUUCGCGAAACCCUUUACUGUCAGCGUCGCAAAUCCAUCACUACCUCACACGCGCCCAAAUCUCAUUACCGGACGAAGGAGAGGAUCUAUCUACGCAAAAGCACGAUGGCGAAUACGAGCAAGAGUUGGCUUGGCUGCUGGUUGCAAAGGCUACUGUGCAGGUAUAUGGCUUGAUUCUCUCGCGUCUGCUGGAUGAGACAGUCGCUCUUGCGGACGACGUCUGGUACUGGGAUCAGGUGCUGGGCAGUCAACAAGCUACCGCACUUUACAGCAUACAAACCGCUCCUUUGCGUCUGGCUGAGUGGAGCCACUACGUCUGGGCCGAUGUCCGCCGAAGAAGCGCUGAUUUCAACAUUCGUGACGCUGGUGUUGAGGCUCAACAGAGCUUGACAGCGCGCUGGUCUGAGUUCUAUGGACUGGUGAAAGAGGUGGUUAGAGAGAAGAGUGUCAAAGAGAUGCGCAAACGUGUUGUGAGCCCUGUUGCAAGGGUUCGUGGUUCUGUUCGCCAGAAGCAGAGCGAGCUCAAGAGAUGCAGAUUGCGUGGAGCUAACGCACUAGGUGUGUUACUGGGAGAGGGCUUGAUGAAUGAAAACAUGCAUGGAGAAGGCUUUGCGACGCCCAACGGCACCCAAGGCCGUGACAAGUGGAAGGCCAGUGUAGCACGCAAUGUUGCUCUCAUGGAUGCCGUCCUCGCCAAGGUCAACGAAGAAGAUCUCGCCGUUGAUAAGUUCGACGCAGCCAUUGCAGCAGCUACCGACGACGAUCCGCUCUACGAUGUUGAAGUGUACACUCAAGAGAGUGGAGAGGUCUCUGAGUUGGGAGUACAUCCUGCGACCAUCGCCGACAGACUGAUCAAGAUGCUACAUGCCAGAAUACCCGAGUACACGCAGCAGUCAAAGGUCAUGGUGCAGAAACACGGCAAGCCAUCGCGUAUUGUCCGAUACUGGCUCCCUGUUACCGUAGGAAUUCUCUCGUCGAGCACCAUCCUCCGAUACCUUGUCAACCGAAAAGCCGAAAUUCUUACUUGGAUCCAAGAAUUUGGUCACACCAUCCGUGACUUUUGGAUCAACUGGUGUGUAGAGCCCACUCGCAAGGUCAUUCAGACGAUCCGCCAUGAUAAGGACAGCGAGGUGUCGAUCAUGUCGAAACGAUCACUCGAGGGUGAUAGAGCCAGCUUGGAGCGCAUGGUUGUGGACUUUGCAGUAGACAACCCAGGCAAUGCAACAGAUACUGGCAGCCCACUCACAGACGCAGAAAUCGCAGGCAUCAGAGCCAAGGUCCGCGAGGGCGACUUGACACCGGUGCUCAAAGCAUACGAGAAGGAUUUGUCUAGUCCUUUCAUGGGCACUAUCCGUGGCAACCUGAUUCGCGCAUUGUUGAUUCAGGUGCAAAAGACCAAGGUUGAUGUCGAAGUGGCCAUGGGUGGCAUCGAUGCAUUGCUCAAGAGUCAAGAACUGGUGUUUGGCUUUGUCGGUCUCACUCCUGGUAUUCUUGUGACGAUUGGCAUUUCACGCUGGAUAUCAUCUACAUUCACAUCACGACGAGGAGCAGAUGCAAGCCGCAAGCAAGGACACAUGAUGCGACAACUGCGCAAUAUUGACCGAGUGCUCACCAACUCGACGCCUACAGAGACAGAAGUUAAAGAGUUGUACUACAAGGACCAUGGAUUGUUGUUGUGCGAGGUGCAUGUUUUGCGCGAGGCUGCAUACCGAGUCAUGCCUGCACAGAUAUUCAGAGACUUUGUCGAGGAUGUGGAGGAGUUGAUCGACGUUCGGACUGGAGUCAAGAAGCAGAGGAAGGUGGUGAACAGGAUUCGCUGGGCAUACAAGCGAUACUUUUAG